GCGGGUAGGUUUGGUUUGAUUUUUAUCAGUCAAUCUUAGCAUGUAAAGUGGCGAUUAGAAAACCACCUUUGUCAGUCUUAAACAAUACAUCUGUGGAGUAAGAGCAUCAAUUGAAAACAAGCGCUAUUGUUGCAAAAAUGAAGUUCCUCAGCAUUCUGCUGUUUGUCGUUCUAAGUCUGAGUGCUUUGAUGAGUGUGACCCAGGCAAUUUAUUGUCCUUGUGAUUUGAAAAAUAAGAAACCCGUUUGUGGAUCGAAUGGCAUUACCUAUGUCAACCGUUGUGAAUUCGAGUGCACUCAACGUGAAUACAAGAAAUUGGGACGCAUUCUAAACAGCGUCAAAGAUGCUCCUUGUGAUGCCUAAAUGCAUGUGGAAUUAAAUGAUGUGUAUAUUGCAGUAUAUGAAUGUAAAUUAAUGUAAUCAAGAAUGUAAUGCUUCCUUAGAAAAAUAAAAGAAAAAAAAAAAACAAUAUUAUUGUGGAAUAACAAACGAA